CGCCGGAAGCGGGGCGGGGCGGGGAAGAAGGAGGAACGGCGUUCUCGUCCUGCGCACCCGGCCUCCCACAGCAAGGCGCAUGCGCCUCGUGCUGACGCCGCAGGCGCCAUGUUAACUGCUGUCAGAAGGAAACCUGGCUCUUUGCAUGCAGGCGUUCGCGCGGCUUGGGAAGAGGCUGCCCUAUGACCCGGGCGGGAAAUUGGGGCGGUCACCUACGUGACAGUUCUCCAGUCACCUCUAAAAUGAGGGACACAGGCUAUCGAUGCCCCCACAACCCCUUUUACGGAUUAGUAAAUUCCGACGGUCCUGCUCAAGGUCAAUGGGGCUGGUGGCCUGGAGGACUCAUUUAAGAAUCAUGUGUUGAGUACCUACUUUGAACAAAGGUGGUGCCAUCUAUGCCCUGGUGGCUGGGGGUGGACACAAACAUGUGACCAGAUGAGGGAAAUAAAAACAGAGAGGGCAAGUAACCUGCCAAAGGACACACAGCAGGUGGCCUGGGAAGAGGAGAAACGCAGGGCACCGACCAUGAAGACUCUCAGGGCGCGAUUUAAGAAGACAGAGCUGCGGCUCAGCCCCACUGACCUUGGCUCCUGCCCGCCCUGCGGCCCCUGCCCCAUCCCGAAGCCGGCAGCCAGAGGCAGGCGCCAGAGUCAAGACUGGGGCAAGAGUGACGAGAGGCUGCUACAAGCUGUGGAAAACAACGAUGCACCUCGGGUGGCCACCCUCAUCGCCCGCAAGGGACUGGUGCCCACGAAGCUAGACCCCGAGGGCAAGUCCGCGUUCCACCUGGCAGCCAUGCGGGGUGCAGCCAGCUGUCUGGAGGUGAUGAUAGCUCAUGGUGCCAAUGUCAUGAGCACAGAUGGGGCAGGUUACAAUGCCCUCCACCUGGCCGCCAAAUACGGGCACCCACAGUGCUUGAAGCAACUACUGCAGGCUUCCUGCGUGGUGGACGUCGUGGACAGCAGCGGGUGGACUGCCCUACACCAUGCAGUGGCUGGUGGCUGUCUCUCCUGUUCAGAGGUGCUCUGCUCCUUCAAGGCACAUCUAAACCCCCAAGAUCGGUCAGGUGCAACACCCCUCAUUAUAGCAGCUCAGAUGUGUCACACAGACCUGUGCCGUCUCCUACUGCAGCAAGGGGCUGCAGCGAAUGAUCAGGACCUGCAAGGCAGGACGGCCCUGAUGCUGGCCUGUGAGGGGGCCAGCCCGGAAACAGUGGAAGUCCUGCUGCAGGGCGGAGCCCAGCCGGGCAUCACCGAUGCGCUGGGGCAGGACGCGGCUCACUAUGGCGCGCUGGCGGGGGACAAGCUCAUCCUGCACCUUCUGCAAGAGGCGGCCCAGCGCCCCUCCCCACCCAGCGAGGAUGACUCAGGCGAGGCGUCAUCUCAGAACUCUAUGUCCAGCCAUGGAAAGCAGGGGGCCCCCAAGAAGCGGAAGGCGCCUCCACCUCCCGCCAGCAUCCCCAUGCCGGAUGAUCGAGAUGCCUAUGAGGAGAUCGUGAGGCUGCGCCAGGAGAGGGGCCGCCUCCUGCAGAAGAUCCGGGGCCUGGAACAGCACAAGGAACGGAGGCAGCAGGAGUCCCCGGAGGCCAGCUCCCUGCACAGCCUGGAGAGACAGGUGCAAGAGCUGCAGCAGCUGCUGGUGGAGAGACAGGAGGAGAAGGAGAGCCUGGGACGGGAGGUGGAGAGUUUGCAGAGCCGGCUGUCCCUGCUGGAGAACGAGCGGGAGAAUACUAGCUAUGAUGUGACCACUCUGCAGGAUGAGGAGGGUGAGCUGCCUGACUUUCCAGGGGCUGAGGCGCUGCUGUCCAGGCAACUCAGCCCGUCGGCCCAGGAACGCCUGGCCUCGCUGCAGGAACAGGUGGCUGUGCUCACCAGACAGAACCAGGAACUGAUGGAGAAGGUCCAGAUCCUGGAGAACUUUGAGAAGGAUGAGACACAGAUGGAAGUGGAAGCUUCAGCAGAGGUCAUCCCUCUUGCCCUCUAUGACUCUCUCCGGGCCGAGUUUGACCAGCUGCGCAGGCAGCACGCUGAGGCCCUGCAGGCACUGAGGCAGCAGGAGACACGAGAGGUCCCCAGAGAAGAGAGGGCGGCCUAUGGGGAGAGUGAGGGUGUUGGAGCCACAGCCACCAAAAACGGGCCAACCCACAUGGAGCUAAAUGGCUCAGUGGCUCCAGAAACCAAAGUUAAUGGAGCUGAGACCACAGAUGAGAAGGCUGCAGGAGAUGAAACCAUGGAAGCCAGGACUAUGGAAGCCACGUCCACGGCAGCUGAGGCCACGGGAGCCACGGCCACAGAGACAAAACCCACAGGGGCUGAGGUCAGAGAAAUGGAGACUGUAGAAGAGGAAGCAAACAUGGAAACUAAGCCCACAGGAGUGCAGACCACAGACACAGAGGCCACAGGAGUGGAGGCCAUGGGAGUGGAGGCCACAAAAACAAAAGCAGAGGAAGCAGAAGUGUUGGCCUGCAGAGUGGGUGCUGGGCAACCAGAGCCCCCAGUCACAGGGACCACAAACAUGGAGGCCACAGGCUCUAGGGCCACGGGGGUAGAAGCCACAGGAUUCAGUGCCACAGGUGUAGAGAACCCCGGGGUAGAGGCCAUGGCCCCGGGGGUCUCUGCUGGCCCUGUCCUACAUCCUGGUGCUGCAGAGGCCUCGGAAAAGCUUCAAGUAGAGCUGGAGACCAGGAUUCGCGGCUUGGAGGAGGCGCUCCGGCAGCGGGAGCGGGAGGCAGCUGCGGAGCUGGAGGCGGCCCUGGGGAAGUGCGAGGCCGCGGAAGCUGAGGCGGGCCGGCUGCGAGAGCGCGUCCGCGAGGCCGAGGGCAGCGGGGCCAGCGUGGAGAGGGGUGGCGGCGACACUGCACAGCUGCGGGCCGCCCUGGAGCAGGCCCGGGAGGAUCUCCGAGACCGGGACUCCCGCCUGCGGGAGCUGGAGGCGGCCUCGGCCUGCCUGGAUGAGGCUCGCGCCAGCCGGCUACUCGCCGAGGAGGAGGCCCGGGGCCUGCGGGCGGAGCUGGCCCAGCGGGAGGAGGCGCGGCUGGAGCAGAGCCGGGAGCUGGAGGUGCUGCGGGAGCAGCUGGCCACGGCCAAGGCCACGGGGGAGCAGCAGCGCACAGCGGCCGCGGAGCUGGGCCGGGCACGGGACGCGGCCGAAGCCCGAGUGGCUGAGCUGGCUGCGGCCUGCGAGGAGGCGCGGCAGGGCCUGGCCGAGCUGCGGGAGGCCUCCGAGGCCCUCCGCCAGUCCGUGGUGCCGGCCACUGAGCACCGCCGGCUGCAGGAGGAGGCCCUGGAGCUGCGGGGCCGGGCAGCCAGUCUGGAGCAGGAGGUGGUGGCCACGGGCAAGGAGGCCGCCCGGCUGCGCGCGGAGCUGGAGCGGGAGCGUGUGUGCAGCGUGGCUCUCUCCGAGCACGAACGCAUCGUGGGCGUCCUGCAGGCCAACGUGGCACAGCUGGAGGGGCAGCUGGAGGAGCUGGGACGGCGGCAUGAGAAGACCAGUGCAGAGGUCUUCCAGGUGCAGCGUGAGGCCCUGUUCAUGAAGAGUGAGCGACAUGCCGCCGAGGCGCAGCUGGCCACAGCAGAGCAGCAGCUACGGGGGCUACGGACCGAAGCGGAAAGGGCUCGCCAGGCCCAGAGCCGGGCCCAGGAGGCUCUGGACAAGGCCAAGGAGAAGGACAAGAAGAUCACAGAACUCUCCAAAGAAGUCUUCAGUCUUAAGGAGGCCUUGAAGGAGCAGCCGGCCGCCCUGGCCACCCCCGAGGUGGAGGCCCUCCGUGACCAGGUGAAGGAUUUACAGCAGCAGCUGCAGGAAGCUGCCAGGGACCACUCCAGCGUGGUGGCUUUGUACAGAAGCCACCUCCUCUACGCCAUUCAGGGCCAGAUGGAUGAAGACGUGCAGCAGAUUCUCAGCCAGAUUCUGCAGAUGCAGAGACUCCAGGCUCAGGGCCGCUGAGAAAGGCCAGGCCCAGUGGCUACACUGACCACACCCAUGCAGGGGCCUCACGCCCCUGCAGGCCCCUUGCAGACCGGCUUCACUUGGCCCCAUCCGGACCCAUGCACUUGGAGACCAGCCUGGGUCCCUGCCCGACCGUCCCCAGCUGGCUCCAUCGCCCCACCUGGUCUCCGCACGCAGGCACUGGUCAGUCUGGACCCGGGGCGUCACUGCCCCUCCCCCACCACCGGAGAAUCUGUGAGUCCCUGUGUCCUCCACAUCCAGACGCCAGCCCAGGAAUAAAGGCAUUCUGUGCACAGGA